CAGACAGACAACGAAGACAGACAGAGCUUCCUCGGCUUGACCCUCGCCCUAGGACACAGGACACGAUGGACCUUAGCUCUGCUUCCAAAUGCCGCGAGAAAGAGGUGGGGUACCUCCACCAGCUCACCAUGGCCAUCCUGUCCGUGUCCUUUGUGGUUGGCGUAGUGGUCAACGGGCUGGUGCUCUGGAUGACCGCUUUCCGCAUGACCCGCACCGUCACCACCGUCUGGUUCUUCAACCUGGCCCUUGCUGACUUUAUUGUACUACUGUUCCUGCCUGUCGCCAUCUACAACCUGAUCACCCACCAUUGGCCCCUCACUGACUUGGCCUGCAAGUUCUACCUGGCCUUGAUGGUCCUCACCUUCUUUGCCAGCAUCUACCUCCUGGCCCUCAUCUCUGUGGACCGUUGCGUCUCUGUCCUCUACCCAGUGUGGGUCCGAAAUCACCGCACUGUGCAGCGAGCAAGCUGGCUGGCGCUCGGUGUAUGGCUCCUGGCUGCCAUCACUUGCUCUCCAUACUCGAUACUCCGGACUGGUGGAAAACAGGAAGGAUGUAGGUACUGCUUCUUCAAAUUCAACACAGAGAAUGAGAAGAACUCCAGCAACGGGGAUUCAGUGGUUUUUGACAGGCAACAGGUAGUGACCAUCACUCACUUCCUGGUGGGCUUCUUGGUGCCCCUGGUGAUCAUCAGCACCUGUGCCUACCUCAUCCGUGCCAAGCUCCAGCAGGAGGCCUGGGUCCACGCCAGCCGGCCCAGGAGGUUGCUGCUGGUGUUGGUAAGCGCCUUCUUCAUCUUCUGGUUCCCAUUCAACGUGGCACGCUUGAUCCAUCUGGGGCUAGCAAAGUCUCAUGACGCCACGAUGCUGCCCAUCCUCUGGGCUACCUUCUCCUUGGGCUGUCUCAACAGCUGCCUCAACCCCUUUCUCUACGUUUUUAUUGGCAGAGAUUUUAAAAAAACGUUUUUUCAGUCUCUGCCUUCUGCCCUGGCCAGGGCAUUUGGUGAGGAGGGGUUUCUCAACCACCCUGAUCCCGAGGUGAAGCACCCAGGGAAUGAUGAAAACCUUAAAGGGGAAGCUGAACGUCCUAAUCCUCCUGUGUAGUUUGCAGUCUCUUCCAUAGGCUGGCUUCCAAGACCCUGACACAUCCUGUCUCUUCUUUCAGGAAGUCUUCUUGGCAUUGCUUCAUCUAAACUGCUGCCUUAGAGACAUCUGGUUAUUUCCCCAUAUUCAUUCUAUCCUCCCUUUCUAGGAAGACUUCUAUUUGUUUUAAACUGCCCACAGCUAGCCAGAAAAAAAGAACAAAGACUAAAUUUCCCAGCAUCCUUUGCAACCAGGUAUGGCCAUCUUACUGCUUUCUGGCCAAUGGGAUGCGAGUGGAAGUAAUGGGUCUAACUUCCUUGAAGUGCUCUUGAAUGGGAGGGGUCUGCUCUAUGUUCUCCACUUCCCAAGGUCUAGAAUGCAAACGUAUUAGUUAGCUUUUGCUGCAUAACAAAUACCCCCCCAAAUUUAGAGGCUUCAAACCAUAACCUGUUAUGAUUUCUGUGGUCAGCAGUUUGGACUGGGCUGGGCUGAGCAGUUUCUGGUCUUCACUGGGCUUCCUCGUGGGGCCAACUACGUGACUCCACUUCUGAGAGGGGUGACUGGGACCAUGGGAUUGACGGAGUCACACAGCUCUCAGCGUCCUGCAGGCCGACAAAGGAGGGUUCCAUGAGCAAGACGGACAUCAUGAGAUGUACACUUGGCACUUUACACGAUGUUGCUAUGCCCAAGGGGUGAGGGAAUGCAUUCUACCUCCCUGGGGGGAAACCUUCAUAGUGACCUUGCAAAGGAGCAUAGAUACAGGAAGGCAUGCAGAACGGGGGCCAUUUUUGCAAACGGCCAGAGCAUCGUGGUGGCGAACCACGUGGAAAGUGACCAUGUUCCCAUCCCUGCUCUGCAAUGUGCAAACCCACACAGUCAGCAGAGAGAGUUCAAUUUCCAGCUCAUUGAAGCUACUGCUCUUCUGGGUCUAUUAAACCAUCGUGCCUCCAACCGCUGACACAUGUGCGAAGUGAUAUAAUAAAUGUCCUUAUUGUUAAAGCCAC